AGAGUCACGCUCCUUAUCGCCCCAUCCGGGGGGGCCCCCAGGAGUAGCCGGAUGUAUGCACACUGACUUCCGUCCCUGCUCCGUGGGAGGUGAGCUCUUGCAGCGAGAAGGGCCGCAUCGGCGCAGCGGAGGGAGGAAUCCACGCUCUGCCCCAGGUUACUGAAUCAUCUAUUGUCUUUUCCACACUCGUGCCUGCUUUCCCUGACCAGAAUCAUCAUGCCUCGGGGCCAGAAGAGUAAGCUUCGUGCCCGUGAAAAACGCCGCCAGGCUCGAGAAGAGCCAGGGCAUCUGGCGGCUGCUCAAGCCAGUGUACCAGAGGAAAAAGAGUCCCCCUCUUCUCCUUCUCCUCAAUUCAAAGAUGCUCCCCAGAGCUCACCUGCCACUGGAACACCCAGCAAUCCUCAAGUUACUGGGAGAGUCUGCUCCACCAGCACUACUGCUGCAACUGCUUCAAACGCAAGAUUUAAUGAAGGUGCCAACAAUCAAAUGGAGGAGAAGCCAAAUGCCUCACAGGCGAGGGGUACCACUGAGCACUGGAAUAGAGGUCCUAUAGAUAAGAAGGUUGCUAUGUUGGUAUACUACCUGCUGUACAAGUAUCAAAUGAAAGAGCCCAUUACCAAGGCAGAUAUGCUGAAAAAUGUAAUCCAGAUUUAUAAGAAUCACUUCCACGAGAUCCUCCGGAAAGCCUCUGAGCACUUGGAGCUGGUUUUUGGCCUUGACGUGAAGGAAGUGGAUCCCAACAGGAACAUCUAUGUUCUUGUCAACAAAUUGGAAUCCAGCUAUGAUGGGAGAGUAAAUGAUAAUGGAGGUGUGCCCAAGACUGGCCUGUUGAUGACCGUCCUGGGCGUGAUCCUCACAAAGGGCAACUGUGCCACUGAGGAGCAAGUCUGGGAAGUGCUAAAUAUGAUGGGGUUAUAUGAUGGAAUGAAGAAUUUCAUCUAUGGGGAGCCCAGGAAGCUCAUCACCAAAGAUUGGGUGAAAGAAGAAUACCUGCAGUACCGGCAGAUAGCCAACAGUGAUCCUCCACGCUAUGAGUUCCUGUGGGGUCCCAGAGCCCAUGCUGAGACCAGCAAGAUGAAAGUCCUAGAGUUUGUGGCCAAGAUCCAUGAUACCGUCCCCAGUGCCUUCCCAUGCUGGUAUGAAGAGGCUCUGAGAGAUGAGGAAGAGCGAGCCCGAGCCAAGGUUGUAGCCAAGGCUUCUACUGCUGCUAUGGCCAGUGCACGCUCCAGGGCCUGGCUAGCAGCUUCUCCUGCCCCAAGUGAAGUUUGAGGAAGGUUAUUACUAUGUGUUUGAAGAGAACAGCUAAUGUUCUCAUUAGUGAAAGGUCAGGGUGGGGCUGGAGACAAGAGAGUACAUAACACGUUUGUGUUCCUAUUUUAGGUAGUAACCGGGAUAUUUGUCUAAAUGUUUGUUUUAUUUUGUUUUUUUGAGAGAGAGAGGGUGAGCAUGGCGGGGAGAGGCAGAGGAGAGAGAGAAACUUAAGCAGGCUCCACGCCCAGCGCAGAGCCCCACACGACUCUGAGAUCAUGCCUGAGCCAAAAUCAAGAGUUGGACAUUUAACCGACUGAGCCACCCAGGCACCUCAGUGUUGUUCCUUUUAAUAGAAGGUUUAACUAGCUUCAGAAUCUGAGUUUGUGAAUGAUGUAAAUCACACAUUUAUUGAUGUUUAUGAGUUUUAACAGUAAGAGUUUUAUUAUUUUAUAGAACAAAUUGGGACAUUUUCCAUUUUAUUGAGUUACUUAGAAUAAGAUAAUGUAGUAAUGGAUUUGGCACUUCCUUGCAAAUAUGAGAGAACUCGGCAGUAAAAUGCUGGGAUCAAGAAACAGAAAAAAGUAAAAGAUAUCUUUUUGCAUUCCUUUAUCACUAUUUGGUCUGUUCUGUAAAAUUAAGAGAGAUAUAUACUUAGUUGUGCUUAGUUUAUUCAAGAAUGUAGAAUUAAUUAUAGCAUAA